AUGCAGCAAGAAGACACUUGUGAACGGUCUGUGGACACGGCCCUUUCAGCUACACAGCCGACGGUCAGUACCUCCAUGACCGAGCAAAACUGCGGCCUGUGGGAUGCGCUCUCCUUUCCCCCGGAUCGACUACAGAGCCCGAACAUAGUCCCACCCCCCCAUGGAACGGCGGGGGUCCAAACCCAAGGAGUCCUGCAGAACAUCGAGAGCCAAGAUGGCCACCAACAAGAUGCACAGACCACUCCAAACUCCCAUGACUUGGACCACAGAGGAAGACAGCAUCGCAAAGGCCUUCAAAAGAUUCUGGGUGAAACACUGGGAGAAAACCCUACAGAGCAAGACAAGGUCUGUCACUGCAGAUCCGACCCGAACCAACUUCUUACAGAGUGA